AUGUAUAAGGCGCUCAACAAGAGCUCUCACAGGGGAGGUACUCACAGAGACAUCAAGAAGAAGAGAGGCGCUCAACAAGAGCUCUCACAAGGGCGGUACUCACAGAGACAGCAACGAGAAGAGAGGCGCUCAACAAGAGCUCUCACAAGGGAGGUACUCACAGAGACAGCAACAAGAAGAGAGGCGCUCAACAAGAGCUCUCACAAGGGCGGUACUCACAGAGACAGUAACAAGAAGAGAGGCGCUCAACAAGAGCUCUCACAAGGGAGGUACUCACAGAGACAUCAACAAGAAGAGAGGCGCUCAACAAGAGCUCUCACAAGGGAGGUACUCACAGAGACAGCAACAAGAAGAGAGGCGCUCAACAAGAGCUCUCACAAGGGAGGUACUCACAGAGACAGCAACAAGAAGAGAGGCGCUCAACAAGAGCUCUCACAAGGGCGGUACUCACAGAGACAGCAACAAGAAGAGAGGCGCUCAACAAGAGCUCUCACAAGGGAGGUACUCACAGAGACAUCAACAAGAAGAGAGGCGCUCAACAAGAGCUCUCACAAGGGAGGUACUCACAGAGACAGCAACAAGAAGAGAGGCGCUCAACAAGAGCUCUCACAAGGGAGGUACUCACAGAGACAGCAACAAGAAGAGAGGCGCUCAACAAGAGCUCUCACAAGGGCGGUACUCACAGAGACAGCAACAAGAAGAGAGGCGCUCAACAAGAGCUCUCACAAGGGAGGUACUCACAGAGACAGCAACAAGAAGAGAGGCGCUCAACAAGAGCUCUCACAAGGGAGGUACUCACAGAGACAGCAACAAGAAGAGAGGCGCUCAACAAGAGCUCCCACAAGGGAGGUACUCACAGAGACAGCAACAAGAAGAGAGGCGCUCAACAAGAGCUCCCACAAGGGAGGUACUCACAGAGACAGCAACAAGAAGAGAGGCGCUCAACAAGAGCUCCCACAAGGGAGGUACUCACAGAGACAGCAACAAGAAGAGAGGCGCUCAACAAGAGCUCCCACAAGGGAGGUACUUACAGAGACAGCAACAAGAAGAGAGGCGCUCAACAAGAGCUCGCACAAGGGAGGUACUCACAGAGACAUCAACAAAAAGAGAGGCGCUCAACAAGAGCUCUCACAAGGGAGGUACUCACAGAGACAGCAACAAGAAGAGAGGCGCUCAACAAGAGCUCUCACAAGGGCGGUACUUACAGAGACAGCAACAAGAAGAGAGGCGCUCAACAAGAGCUCUCACAAGGGAGGUACUCACAGAGACAGCAACAAGAAGAGAGGCGCUCAACAAGAGCUCUCACAAGGGAGGUACUCACAGAGACAGCAACAAGAAGAGAGGCGCUCAACAAGAGCUCCCACAAGGGAGGUACUUACAGAGACAGCAACAAGAAGAGAGGCGCUCAACAAGAGCUCGCACAAGGGAGGUACUCACAGAGACAUCAACAAAAAGAGAGGCGCUCAACAAGAGCUCCCACAAGGGAGGUACUUACAGAGACAGCAACAAGAAGAGAGGCGCUCAACAAGAGCUCGCACAAGGGAGGUACUCACAGAGACAUCAACAAAAAGAGAGGCGCUCAACAAGAGCUCUCACAAGGGAGGUACUCACAGAGACAGCAACAAGAAGAGAGGCGCUCAACAAGAGCUCUCACAAGGGCGGUACUUACAGAGACAGCAACAAGAAGAGAGGCGCUCAACAAGAGCUCCCACAAGGGAGGUACUCACAGAGACAUCAACAAGAAGAGAGGCGCUCAACAAGAGCUCUCACAGGGGAGGUACUCACAGAGACAGCAACAAGAAGAGAGGCGCUCAACAAGAGCUCUCACAAGGGAGGUACUCACAGAGACAUCAACAAGAAGAGAGGCGCUCAACAAGAGCUCCCACAAGGGAGGUACUCAUAGAGACAUCAACAAGAAGAGAGGCGCUCAACAAGAGCUCCCACAAGGGCGGUACUCACAGAGACUUCAACAAGAAGAGAGGCGCUCCACAAGAGCUCCCACAAGGGAGGUACUCACAGAGACAGCAACAAGAAGACAGGCGCUCCACAAGAGCUCCCACAAGGGCGGUACUCACAGAGACAUCAACAAGAAGAGAGGCGCUCAACAAGAGCUCUCACAAGGGAGGUACUCACAGAGACAUCAACAAGAGAGGCGCUCAACAAGAGCUCCCACAAGGGCGGUACUCACAGAGACAUCAACAAGAAGAGAGGCGCUCAACAAGAGCUCCCACAAGGGCGGUACUCACAGAGACAUCAACAAGAAGAGAGGCGCUCAACAAGAGCUCCCACAAGGGCGGUACUCACAGAGACAUCAACAAGAGAGGCGCUCAACAAGAGCAUGUACCAGAGUGGUCAAACAACAAGGAGAGAGACAAAAGAUAA